CACGAUCGCAACCCUCUCUGCCUUCAGUUAUAAAUAUCUGUUUGCCCAUCCGAGUUGGAGACAAACAUUCUGCUCGAUAUCCCUCGACGCAAGGAGAUCUCUAGUUGCCAGCACGGACAAGUUUCUCUGAACAUACCUAUAUAACGCUCAUUAUCUUUCGCUAUAUCCAUUCGUUUUGGAAUCACUCGUCGUUGAAACAUCGUAUAUUCUACUUGUUCAAAAUGGUUGCUUCAGCUGGUAAGCUCGCCGUCGCGGCCGCCGUUGUCGGUCUUGCUACCGCAACUCCCACUCCUCCCAAGACCAAGGUUGGAACUUUCUCCGUCCCUCAGGUCAAGAACCCCGGCUUCAAGGCCCACGGUCCUGCCCAGCUGGCCAGGACUUACCUCAAGUACGGCACUAAACUGCCUGAUGGGCUUGCUAAGACCAUCGCCGACUUCAAGGUCUUCCGACGUGACAGUGGAAGCGCGAAGACCACUCCCGAGCAAUACGAUAUCCAGUACUUGACACCCGUCUCGAUCGGCACUCCGGCCCAGCAGCUCAACCUGGACUUCGACUCCGGCUCCUCAGACCUUUGGGUUUUCAGCACCGAGCUGCCCUCCAGCUCUGUAAACGGACAGGCUCAGUACGACCCUAGCAAGAGCAGCAGUUCUAAGGAGCUCAGCGGCGCGAGCUGGCAGAUUUCCUACGGCGAUGGUAGCUCGUCCAGCGGUGACGUCUACACUGACACCGUUACUGUCGGAGGUGUAACCUUCAAGAGCCAAGCUGUCGAGGCUGCCAAGGAGGUUUCCUCACAAUUCCAGAGCGACACCAACAACGACGGUCUCCUCGGUCUUGCCUUCAGCAGCAUCAACACAGUGACCCCCACAGCUCAGAAGACUUUCUUCGACAACAUCGCGUCCGACUUGGACACCGCGGCUUGGACCGCCGACCUCAAGUACCACACCGCUGGUACCUACGACUUCGGUGUCAUCGACAAGUCCAAGUACACCGGUGACAUCACCUACACCGAUGUCGACAACAGCCAGGGCUUCUGGAGCUUCACCUCGACUGGCUACGGCAUUGGUAACGGCAGCUUCAAGUCCUCGUCCUUCGCCGGUAUUGCGGACACCGGUACCACUCUCGCUCUUCUUCCCGACACCAUCGUGAAGGCCUACUACAAGAAGGUGUCCGGCUCUAAGCUUGACAGCUCACAGGGUGGAUACACCUUCCCCUGCUCGACCACCCCCCCUGACUUUGUCUUUGGUGUAGAGGGCGCCAAGUUCACCAUCCCCGGCAAGUUCAUCAACUACGCUCCCGUUGACGACUCCACUUGCUUUGGAGGUAUUCAGUCCGACUCUGACAUCGGCUUCUCCAUCUUCGGUGACGUCGCUCUUAAGGCUGCCUUCGUUGUUUUCGACCAGUCGACCGGCAGCCCGAGACUCGGCUGGGCCUCCAAGGACUUGUAAAUAACAGGGAUCCCCAAAUUCCUCGGGCCUUUACUCGAGAUGAGCUGUGCAUGAUGCUACGGUGAUCGUGCGUAAGAAAUUGCGAUACGGUCUUGGGAAUGGGUGAACGGACGGAUCGGGGUCGGGCCAGGAGG